AUGAAGAACAUCAUGAAGAACAAGAAUGCUUGCCCAGAGACGGACAUAAAGUCAUCUACAAAGACAUCGCUUAUCCACCCGAAAUCUGAGGAGAAAAGUUCAUACUCUAGAAAUGAAUUUGGGAGUUCAUCUAAGUAUGGGUUCAUCAAUGGAAAAAAGGGAUUUCCAAAACAAUGUGUGUGUGGAAGUGAUGUUACCAUCUAUACAUCAGCAUCAAAAACUAAUCCUGGACGUCUUUACUUUCGUUGUGCUGUUUCCAGAGAGAAUGGGCAUUUGUUUAAAUGGGUCGAAGAUGGGAUAUAUGAAGAAGUGAUCGACUUGUUAGAAAGGGAAUCCGAGAAUGAGAAGGGGAUUAUGGGAGUGAAUGAGUUGAAGUUUGAGAUGGAAAAUGUGAAAGAUCAAGUCAUUCAAUGCAAAACUGAGCUACGCAGAUUCAAAAUAACAACUUGGUACUCAUUGUUUGUAUUUGUGUUUUGGCUUUUGUGA